CCAAACGUGAGACAGGAAAACUUAUCUCGCCUCACUGCCAGAAGACCAGUUGCUGUUUUCAGGGGAAUCUGUUCCAAAAAGCUCCAUAGAAGGAAGUUUAUAUUCUUCAUCUUUGCUGUAGGAAUUGGUGGGAGUUUCCAGUUUGGGUUCAAUAUAUCUGCCAUCAACCCACCAUCGGAGCAUAUUAAGAACUUCAUCAAUGAAACAUGGAUUGAGAGACAUGAAACACCAUUACAGGAAUAUUCAUUGAUGCUCGUUUGGUCCUUCAUUGUAUCUGUAUACCCCAUCGGAGGACUGGUAGGAGCACAAUUUGCUGCUGCUUUAACGCUAAAGUAUGGAAGAAAGAAAUCCCUGCUUUGUAAUGACAUUGUGACAAUUGUGGCUGCGCUAAUAAUGGGCUUCAGCAAGAUGGCAAGGUCAUUCGAGAUGAUUGUGGUGGGAAGAUUCCUGUAUGGACUUAAUAUUGGUAUUGGAUUAGUAGCUCAUGGCCUAUACCUUGGAGAAAUUGCACCGAAGGAACUGCGAGGUGCCGUGUGUAUGACCCGAGCUGUAUUUGUUGCCUUUGGGAAAUGGAUGGGUCUGGUAAUUGGACUCAGGCAAAUUCUAGGCAAUGAAAAUACCUGGCACUUACUGCUAGCCUUCAGUGGACUGCCUGCCCUGAUACAGCUCGUCACAUUGCCAUGGUUCCCCGAGAGCCCCAGAUAUCUACUCAUGGAGAGAGGAGACACAGCUCUCUGCGUCAAUGCUCUACGAAGACUGUGGGGUCCAGGCGAUUUCACUGAGGAGGUUGAAGACAUGUUGGCAGAACAGGCGCAGAUUCAGGGGACGAGCAAAAAGAGCAUCGUACAGCUAGUCAGAGACAAAACGAUACGAUGCCAGGUCCUGACGGCCGUGGCUGUCAGUACUGGUAUGCAGCUAAGUGGUGUCAAUAUUAUCUACUUUUACGCUUCUGAUGUUUAUCAUCAACUUGGAAUCUCCAAGGAAAAUAUCCCUUUCGUGGGAAUAGGAUCAAGUGGGAUUGAAAUGUUGACUUCAGUGAUGUGUGGAUUCAUUAUCGAGCGUGCAGGAAGAAAGGUUCUGUUAUGGAAAGGUUACUGCUUCAUGGCAUUUUGGAUACUACUACUGAUCAUUACACUCUCUCUGAAGGAAAGAUUCUCCUGGAUUCCAUAUUGUAGCCUGGUCUUCAUCUUCGCUUACAUCCUGACUUUCGGAAUGGGACCAGGUACUGUCAGCGGAGUCUUACCACUGGAACUAUUCACUCAACCCAACAGAUGCAUUGCCUUAGUGGCUGCGAACUCACUGCAGUGGCUAUCCCUCUUUGUUCUGGGACUGGUUUUCCCUUUCAUUAUUGUAAGUCGAAUUUCCAUCAUUUAG